AUGCGCUUCGAUGGACGGGACAGUCCACCCGAUGAUAUGUUCCCACCUGAUAAGGUGACGCUCAACGUCUUCCAAACGGGCCCCACCGAAGUACGCCGAAUCGAGCCUUCGCCCAACUAUCCGCUUCAACGGGGCCACAGCCGCGGGCAGAUACAGAUCCCAGACUCGCAAGCCCAACGGAUAUCCAGAGGUGGCGAGGGUGUGCUGAAUGAUCAGAUCACCACAACAACUACUGUAGAGGUCUUCCGCACCCCAAUCGACAAUGACCGCCCGGAGCGUAUCGUACUCCCCCCACCACCUGGCAUUGACGAUCGUGCUCACCUCGCUCGGGCUACUGGGGCUCCAUAUGAGAGGUGGACCACUGCAAGAACCGCCACCAUGAUCAACGACGUGCCGGAAGUGAUGGAACGGCCCCGGGUUCAGUGGAGCCCAGUGUUGGAGGAGCCGUAUCGAGCAUCACCUGUUCCUAGAUCGCCUCUACCCGCCUAUCCCAGCCAGGCCGUCGUGCCCGUCCUCAACACGUUCGACGAGAGAUGGGAACCUAGUCGAUCGCCAAUACCAGAGGCGCGGUAUCGAGGUCGGACUAUACCAAUUACGGUAGAGAGGGUGCCGAUGGAGAGCCACAUCCGAGGCCCACUCCAAGUAGACACCUCCGAUUCUGGGGACUACAUGGCUCCCAGACGUUCCGAGGAGCGUAGAGGACGCCUUGUCGAGGUAAAGAGACGUGAGGAAACCACCACAACCUCUGAACGCAGAGCGAGAAGCGGACAUCGGCCCCGGCAUCGCAGAUCUCAUCAAGAAUUGGAACGCCGAAAUCGCAGCCACAGCCCGAUUCAGCAGACCGGGAGAUCCGCUUCUCGAGAUGGCCUUUUUGUACAGGACACUGGGCCCAGGACCGAGAAUGCAGACCUGAUGGACAGCAAGGGCGAAAUCUUCCGUCUCUACCAAACCCGUGACCCGCUCGGCAACGUCAUCGGCCAUUUUGAUACCUACGAGAAUAUCCGUCAUUACGGUGAAGAUAUGGUAGUGUCCCCAUUGGCAGAAAGUGAAGAUUCCCUCGUCUCCGAGACGUCAUACCGUAAUGACAAGGCAAAAAGCGAUGAGCUGGAGAAAAGAACCGGGCGGCCGAUGUCCCGGGAGGAGUUGUUACGGCAUCUAAGUUUUCUGAACCGUCAAGAGGAGCUGGAGGAGGAAAGGAGAAGGAGGAGUCUCUAUCGAGAGCCGGACACGCCGAUUUAUACGAUGAUCGGGACGAGGAGGAGGGUCCACCCUGAUGCCAUCCACUUCAAGAGGGUCACCCGCUCAACUUCGUUGUCUAGGAUUCCGGAAGAUAGGGAAAUUACGGGCCAGGAAAUUAAGAAAAACCCAACAGCCGUCGGAAUCUCCUUGAUGCCGUCGAUGUCUUGCGAUUCCAUCCCAUUUGCCGAUGAUCCGGAGAUCGAGUACAGGGAAUUCAUCGUGGAGCCCCGUAUUGCUCGCUCCCCAAAGCCAAAGUCAAGCCCGGAAACGAGCCCAUCCGACUCGCACAAGUUGUUCAUCACCGGCCUUGAGGAGUUG